AAAGCUGUCAGAAAUGAUUACUUACAACAAUCAACUAUGCCAGAUAAUUUACUGUUGUCAGAAACUGCUUAUUUUGGAUCAUUGUUUAACGUAGAAACAAAUGAAUUAUCAUUACCUGGAUUAAUUAAAAGGCUAAAGAGUCAGCUGUACCAUAAUACUUUGUUGAAUAAACUGAGAAUCCUUUUGCACCUUUAUAAUAACACUUCGCGGUUAGAAUUUAAUGGAGAAGAAAGUAUCGAGAUUCAAAAUAAAGUCCAAUAUGAAGUGUCUACCCUGAUGAAAUAUUUUUUGGAAAAGGUAUUAGAUACAAUUGCAUAUUGCCUUCAACGUGAUUUAAUUGUUAAUGGACCUGGAUUUAAAGGCGUUUGUGAGAAAGGACAUCUCUGGGAACGAUGUUCUAUAACGUUAAAUAUUCUUUCCAAUAAGUUUAUAAAAUCGUGUAGCAUAUGUAAACGUAAAUCAUUUGAUAUAACAAAUGCAAAUCAAAUCAUAUCCAGCGACGAAUCAUUUAUGAAAUCAAAAUUUUUUAAAGCUAUUUUAGUAAUGAUCGUCUUUGCGGUAUCGAAUCUCGAGUAUCCGGAGCAUAGUGAUAUGAUCGAUUUUGCGGUAUCGAAUCUCGAGUAUCCGGAUCAUAGUGAUUUAAAGGAGCUUGA